CAUAGAUACAGAGGAGGAUAUAGAAAGGAGAAGCAAGUCUCUCUCUUCCUUCCCUUCUGAAUCCCGUCUCCCCAUUUCUCCUCCAUCCAUACAACUCCGGGAGGGAAGCCCAUCCCUUUUGACCCUUUCACUUUCAUCAAUUCAUUCCCUUUUCAUCAUCUUCUUCAUCUUCUCCUCUGCAAACCCAAGACCCAGUUUCUGUUUUUGUUGUGUUUACAGGUCAAAUUUGAUUCCGAGCAGGAAAGCAAGCAACUUGCCUUUACCCGGCCCGAUCCAUAAUCAUGGGGUUCGAGAGGCAGAGCAGAGCGUCGGGGUCCUCCAACGCCCUGAAACCGACGGAGAAAACCCCUCUCAUCGGACACGAACAAAAGCACCUGUCUUCCCAAUCGAAGACCAUCGCCAAUCUCUUCAUCGCAAUCGUCGGCGCCGGCGUGCUGGGUCUCCCUUACUCCUUCAAGCGCACCGGAUGGAUCAUGAGCCUCCUCAUGCUCUUCUCCGCCGCCGCCCUCACCUAUUACUGUAUGCUCCUCCUCGUCCACACCCGCCGCAAGCUCCGCUCCUUCGCCGGCGACUUCUCAAUCAUCAACUCCUUCGGCGACCUGGGGUUCGCCGUCUGCGGUCCCGUCGGCAGGUUGGUUGUUGACAUCAUGAUUGUCUUGUCUCAAGCUGGAUUCUGCGUGGGUUACGUGAUCUUCAUCGGCAACACGCUAGAUAACCUGUGCGAUUCCUACUCCUCCGCCGCCGCUGCGACGCCCUCUUCCAACGCCGUCUUAUCCGCCCAAUUCCUAGGGUUUUCGGCAAAAUCCUUGUUCGUAUGGGCCUGCUUCCCUUUCCAAUUGGGGCUCAAUUCCAUCGCAACCCUCACCCAUCUAGCCCCUUUAAGCCUUUUCGCCGACAUCGUAGACCUAGCUGCCAUGGGAGUCGUGAUCGUAAAAGAUGUAAUGAUUAUGGCGAAAAACAUCCCCGAGGUUAAAGCUUUCGGCGGUCUAUCCGUCUUCUUUUACGGGAUGGGUGUGGCUGUCUACGCAUUUGAAGGGAUCGGCAUGGUUUUGCCUCUCGAGUCGGAAGCCAAGGACAAAGACAAGUUUGGAAGAAACCUGGGGUUCGCCAUGGGAGUCAUCUCAGUCAUCUAUGGAGCAUUUGGUGCUCUAGGGUACCUUGCUUUUGGCAACGACACUAAGGACAUCAUCACUGCAAACCUCGGGGUGGGGCUGAUUAGCACCAUGGUCCAGCUCGGCCUGUGCAUAAACCUGUUCUUCACAUUCCCGCUGAUGAUGAACCCAGUAUACGAGAUUGUGGAGCGAAGGUUUUGGCAAGGGAGGUAUUGCCUGUGGUUGAGGUGGCUGCUGGUGUUCAUUGUCAGCUUGGUUGCACUGUUGAUCCCGAAUUUCACCGAUUUCCUGUCGCUCGUGGGGAGCAGUGUGUGCUGUCUAUUGGGGUUCGCCCUUCCGGCGCUGUUUCACUUGCUUGUGUUCAAGGAAGAGAUGGGGUGGAAAGGCUGGACGAUUGAUGUUGGGAUUGUCACCGUUGGUGUUGUUCUUUGUGUUACAGGGACCUGGUACUCUCUCAUUGAGAUUUUCUCUGUUAAGGUUUAAGUGAUCAACUCCUUUCCUGUGUGUGUGUGAGAUAUCGUGGAGUUGAUCGAUCGUCAAAGAUUAUGUGGGAGAUGAUGUGUUCUACGUUUAGUAUAGAUCAUCAGGACAAAGUGUGUAAUAGUAUCUGUUAGUUGGGGAGAGACAUUCUCUUGUUAUCUUUUUUUUUUUUUUUGUUUGGCCAUGGAGAGACAGAAUGUGUUGUGUAAUAGUGAGAAAAGGGUGCUGAAUAAUUUUGUUUUUUGCCAGUGCCUUGAUCAAUCCACAAACUAUAUUGAAGAAAUGUCGCAGCUUCUGUGUUUCUUGGGAGGAGCUGCUGCUGUUGAUUCCUUGAUUAUUACUUGUUUUUUGUUCCUACUGCAUUUCCUUCCACUCCUUUGGAGCGAGGUAAACAUUGCAUUUGAUGGGAAGUUACUUUGUACAGGCCAAGCUGGAGUUGAGACUUGAGAGAGCAAUGUGGAUUGUCUCUUCUAGUUCUAGAUGCUACAAUUGUCAAUUGCUAAAAGAUGGGUCGCCAUUGUAUUCUAUGCCCGACCAGCCAGCUAGGUGUGCAACCAACGAAGACGACGAAUCAAAACAAGCUAAAGGUAAAAUGAAAUGUUGAGAGAUCAGAUACUACUACAUUGUCGACGUAAUCCAGACGUGGCAACUUGGUACUAAGAACAUCUCCAAUAAUGCAAUCCUUCUUCA